GUCAGAUGUAACAGUCAUGAAAGCCACUUCCUCAGCGUAUGCAAAUGAAAUGCUUACUUUACUCUUUAUAUUAGGGCUGAACGUGUGAAGGAAGCAGUCAGAGAUUUCUGCUGCAGCAGCUCAGCUGGUCUGUGAUUUCACCAUGUUGGGGUACAGUAGACUGGCUGUUCUGGUAGUGGUGCUGAUUCUUCAAAAUCAAGUUCAUGCAGGGAGAAUUGUUGGAGGCUGUGAGGCUGUGCCACAUAGCAGGCCGUACAUGGUGUUUCUGGAGAAGAUCAUGGAAGGCGGUGAAAAAAAAUACUGUGGAGGAUUCCUACUGAGUGAAGAUUUCAUGAUGACUGCUGCCCACUGCCAAGCCGAGAAGUACACCGCUUGGGUUGGAGUCCACGAUACGAGCACAAGAGAUUCAGAUAAAAGUGUCCAGAAAAUAUUUGUGGAAAAAGCAUUUCCCCAUCAGAAUUACAGCGACUCUUCUCAUGUUAACGAUAUCAUGAUCCUAAAAUUCAGCUCCAAGGUGAAGAUCAACCACGUUGUGGAAACCAUCAGUCUGGCCGACCAGGACGCUGGAUCUCUGCCAUCAUCGUGUUCUGUCUCUGGCUGGGGAGUGACAAGCUGGAAUAACCAAUAUAUAACCAACAUACUUAAGGAAGUCAAUGUAACAGUGAUUAAUGAUGAUGUUAAUAACUGUUCAAAGAUGAAGUUCUACUGCUCAAAGGACAAGACAGGACCGGGUCAGGGGGACUCUGGAGGUCCACUGGUCUGUGAUGGGAAGGCCUAUGGUGUCGUUUCUACGUUAUCAGGACAACACUCAGAUGGAAGUCGAUUGGCUAGGUAUACCAUGAUCCCUGACUACAUAGUGUGGAUUAACUCCAUCAUUAAAAAUACUUUAAUGCAUUUCUGAUAAACAGGAUACCUGGCUAAUCACACCACAUUUAAUAUUGAACUGUACAUGGGACUAUUUCACAGCUGACAGGAUUACCUGAGAAAUUAUUCAUUCCCCAUAGUACUGCCAUGCUAAUAAAGUACUUGCUUUAGACUAAUUUCUCUAAAAAAUAAAUAAAACAACCUAAAAUAAAAUAAAAAUAACUAUACUAACUCUGUAUGUGAUUUUGUCACUUUGACUCACAUUUCAGUUUUGACAGUAAACGAUGUGUAACAAUGAGAGAAAAGAGACCACACAGCUUCCUUCUUAAAAAUUAAUUUCUAAAGGAUUCUUAACCUGCAUGAUACAAAUUUGAAAUGGAUGAAAAAAUAAAUGUUUUGGAAAACUAGUGACAGUUACUAACUUUUUAUUCUGUAUUAUGUUUAAAUAAAUAAAAAGUACAUUCUGA